AUGCCUCCCAACUUGUCAUUUUUAGACCGAUUUGAUGCCAUUUCAAGAGUGCAAGCCGCUUUGGUGCUGGCUCGUCCAGAUUCAUCAGCGAACGAUGCUCAGAUCGAAGCUACAAGUAUAGAGCAAACCGCUUUUGACAGCUCAGAUAACCUGCAAGAUUAUCAUUCUCGUAUUGACACUGCAAUCAGAGGAUUUGCAUCAAACUCGAGCGUGGACAAUCAACCUGCUGGACCAGACGAAGACGAAUUUCCAGUACUCCCGACUGGGGGCAUAUCACUUGGCCGCUAUACGAACGCGGUGCAUCACAACGAUGGCUUAUUCUCCGAGGUCUACAAGGCUGUGGCUCACGAUGGCUGUGGUGUUACUAUAAAGACGGGAGGGUUCGAGAAAUAUCCUUGCCUGGUUGCUCUCAAAGUCACCAAUCCAUCUGCCAUGGAGCCACCUCACGACUCUGUGCGUGAGGUGCGGUUGCUGGACCGAGCUCGCCAUGAGUUCGUGAUAGAACUCUUGGAGAGCUUCCAGCAAUCUGGUGGUCGACUCGUUCUAGCAUUUCCGUUCAUGCAAUAUACCCUUGACGAUCAACUCAGAAAGGGAUCGCCCCAACCAGCCCACCAGAACUCUAUUCUGUCGCAGUUGAUGCAAGGCCUUGAGUACAUCCACAGUUGUGGGAUAAUCCAUCGCGAUAUCAAGCCUUCGAAUAUCCUGCUCAGGAGUACAUCCGGUCCAGUCUACAUCUCGGAUUUUGGCAUCGCAUGGUCGGCCGAUGAUCCUUCUUCUGAACCAGCAGACAAGAAAAUCAUGGAUGUAGGUACAACGAGCUAUCGACCUCCAGAGCUCCUGUUUGGUAAACAAUGGUACGAUUCGAGCCUUGACAUGUGGGCGGCUGGUUGCGUGGCUGCUCAAGUGGUAAGCCUGGGUUCUCAGACCUUGUUCGAUUCCGGUGAUCUUGGAAGUGAUCUUGCUUUGAUCAAGAGUAUAUUCUCAACACUGGGAACUCCAGAUCUCAAAAUCUGGCCUGAGGCCAAAACUUUACCAGACUGGGGCAAGAUGGCUUUCGUAGAAUACCCACCACAACUCUGGGCAGGCGUCUUGCCUGGCUGUCCAUCUGAUGCAAUCGAACUGGUCCAGAAACUAGUUGUCUAUGAAAGUGGUAACAGGAUGAAAGCCAACGAGUGGCGGGAGCAAAGCUUCUUCGCUUCAAAGGCCUAGUUUCCACACCCGGCUUCGCAUACCCGAGACAUAAUCUCCUUGAACUUUGGACCUAUCGUCAAUAUUCUGUUGCACGAAGCCGAUUCCCUCCAUACCAGCUUUAAAACGGCCUUGAUCGUGUGCUCCCUUUCUGACC